AUCCCUCUUCAUAUCGCCAUGUCGCCUGCUGUUACACUCUGCAUUUCACCCGGUUCCUCACUGUCGGGAAGUGGGCUCCUGGAUCGUCGCCCUAUGCCCGGCGUGUGAGAAGAGACACUCGUCCUCGCCGCCCGCCUCAUGUGUAUAUUUCCUUGAUUGUCCCGAAACCAUGCGCGAGAGAGCCCUCGUGUUGCUCCUCCUUGUUGCAUCGCGUGUUUCUGCCGGCCCCGUCAACUUUAUAGACAACUAUCGCAACCCCACGGCCCCUUCGCCUGAAGACGGCCCUCCUGGCGCCCGACUCGCAACCCGAGACAAGAGUGUUUUGCCCUACGAGAUUUGUGGCAUCGUCGGCGGCUACGUCUUUACAGUACUUAUCUGGGGCGUCUUGCUCCUCACCGUCGGCAGAAGAAUGAGACGCAGAGCACUCGAGCCGCCAAGAGAAUUGGAGCUGGAACUCCAGAACAAACCCACCAGGCCGACUCUCAAAACCUCCGGCAUGGCCUCGCCGCCCCUCUCGGCCCGGUCGUGGUUGCGAAAGUUCAAGAAGAACGACUCUGGCCCAACCAGUCCACAGAGUCCCGUCGUGCAGUCGCCCAGCUCCUUUGACCAAAAGGUUAUCGACGCCCAUCGCGAUCAGGCCCAAGCCGAUAUGGAGCGUCUCUACGCUGCCGUCAUGGAAUACGACGCUAAGAAGCAUUCGUCCAGAGUCAGCACAGAAGAGGAGGAACCCGUCGCAGAGGCCGCCGGUUCCACCCAACGGAGAAGGCCGUCUGCCAUCAGCGUCUCACACCCCGAGGAUACCAUUGAAGUCGCUGCGUCGCCUGUGCGAGCCAUCUAUCCUCCCGUCCAGGAGAGACCGACAACUGCGUCCAAUGCUCGUGACCGUCUCCGCGCAGAUCAGCCAGCCCCAGCCAGCCCACGCAGCAUCCUCUCCAAGCGCUCGCAAACAUCAAACGCCACAACCGGCAGCAAGAGUGCACGCUUCAAUCUUAAAAACCUCCGCAUCUCCGGUCCCAUCACAAAGUACCCUGGCGACUCUGACGAGGAGGCACGGAGACCCCUAUCACCGCGCUUCUACGCUCCCGGACCCCCGCCCUCGCCCCCAACCCAAACAAACUCACCCACCUCACCCUACGACCAAGACGAAAGCCUCGACCAAGUCCAACCCCUUCCACGCCCAGCACCUCAACGCUCCACUCCCAACAACCCGUGCCUUACCAUCUCAACCGCACACCCAUCCGCCUCCUCCUCAUCAUCUCCCAAACCCGCAUCCUCAACAAGCCAAUCCCUGCCCCUCCGCUCCUUUGCCUCGCCCUUGGCCUCUCCAGGAAUCCAGACCACUGUCCUGGACCGCCGCGUCGACAAACUCGCUCUCGGCACUCCUAAAACUGGUGCACCCUUCACUCCCUACAGUCCUUACAUGCCAUUUACUCCCAUCACGCCCGUCACCCCGCACCUGACGACUCGGCGGGAUCGAAAGAUGGAGAAGAAGAUGGAGGGCCGAAGGGGACGUCACCAGGUCAAGGAGGGCAUGGUUCAGACUCCCAAGGAGAUUUUCGGUGAUGCUUACUAGACAGUUUAUUUCAUUUGGGUGGACUUUUUUUUGUGCAUAUUAGCGACUUGGAGAUUCUUGAUGUAUGUUAUUUUAUCUCUCUCUCUAUGUAAACAAGUGAGUACGUAAGAGAAAAUCGGUUUGCCGCUGGUCUGGCUAGACUAGUUGAUGAGUUUUUCCUAGUUAUAGUUAUCUUUAUAUAUAUCCUGUUGGUGUUUUGUUGGAAGACCAAGUUUGCCUUUGUACCGAGGCCGUAAUCAAUUACGAUUACCAGAGUGCAUCGCCGCCGGUCCUAGUAGUAGUCGAGUAUUAUCUACGUUCUAUCCUUUUAUAUGUAUUCUCAAUCCCAACAUUUG